CUCACUUCAGCGUGAUAUGAAAGUGGAUUUGUGCAUUCUUCUACGAUCUCCGAUGGACUUGCGGCCUCCGCUCUAGCACCUUUGCACAAUAUGGGGCUCUUAUUUAGCUUUCAUAACCAUGACACUCCGUACCUGCUCCUCCAGAGCGCUCUCGCGCUGCUUGUAACCGCAAGUGCCUACACGCUCUAUCGGGGUUACCAGGUGCGGAGGAUGUUCCAGUCGCUCAAGAAACAGGGCAUUCCACUCAUGCGUCACUCCAUGAUCCUCGGCCAUCUCGAAGUCAUUGGAAAACUUAUGUCUCGUCUCCCAUCUGAUGCCCACGGCGACUACAUGAUGGUCAUGAUCCAGGAGAACUGGCAGGAGCUCUUUCCGGAUUGCUCCAAAUGUCCGCCAGUGUUGUAUAUCGAUCUUUGGCCGUUCGCUGCGCCAAUGCUGAUCUCUAUCAACCCCGACACGUCGUGCCAGUGCACGCAGGACUAUUCAUUGCCCAAAGCAUAUCAGCAAAAGCGUACUUUGUACCCGUUGACUCGCAACCGUGAUGUCUCCUCGAUGGAGGGGGCUGAAUGGAAGGUCUGGCGCAAAAGACUCAACCCCGGAUUCUCCAUCCAGAAUAUUACCAGCCGAAUGUCCGACAUCCUGGACGAAAUAGAGGUAUUCGUUAAUGUUCUCGAAGCCCGAGCGGGUAAGGAUGGUGCAUGGGGAGAAGUCUUCCCACUAGAGGAGGCUACGACCAAUCUGGCUAUGGAUGUCAUCUUGCGUUUCUUCUUGAAUAAGCGCUUCCACCAACAGACGGGCCCAAGGUCGCCCAUCACCAUCGCCCUCCUUGACACCAUAUCGAGGAUGUUUUUCUACGUCAAUAUAUUCAAUUUCCUAUCAUACAUCAGUCCUUGGCGACACUUCAAACUGUGGCUCAACUACCGGACGCUGUUCAACUGCCUCAGUCCGUUCCUCAAAGAGCGGAUCUUCGAAAUCCAGAAAAACAGCCAGGUGACCAACAAGACCCUGGUAGAUCUGCUCGUCAAAAGCAUGGAGGAAGAGAAAGGCCAAGAUGGUGCAGGAACUGACCUGUCCACGAACACGGAAUUUCUGGAGACCGCCAUCGGCCAGAUCGCCACCUUCCUCUUCGCAGGCCACGACACAACCGCGUCGACCAUCUGCUGGCUGUUCCGUCUCCUCGAGCAGCACCCGGACGUCCUCGCAAAGCUCCGCGCGGAGCACGACGUCGUCUUAGGCCCCGAUCCAACCCAAGCUGUCGCCGCUCUGCGGGCGAACCCCCAGCUUCUCAACACCCUCACCUACACGAACGCGGUGUUGAAAGAGUCGACACGGGUGCACACCAACGUCGGAACCAUGCGCCGCGGCGAGCCGGGCUUCUUUCUCGUCGGACCGCCUGGCUCUGGUCCCGAGUGUGAAGGCAAGCAGAUGCCGACGGACGGAUUCAUUAUCUGGGACGGGAAUUUUGCGAUCCACCGCAGCCCGGACGUGUGGCCGCGCCCGAACGAGUUCAUCCCGGAGCGGUUUCUCGCGACAGACGAGAACGACCCGCUGCAUCCGCCGAAAAACGCGUGGCGGUUUUUCGAGCUCGGGCCGAGAGGCUGUAUCGGUCAGCACUUGGCCAUGGUGGAAAUCAAGCUUGUUCUGGCUUUGGUUGCGAGACGGUUUGAUGUUGAGUGUGCGUGGGACGAGUGGGAUUCUAAACGGAACUUCAAGGGACCGCGGAAUAUGGUCUGGGAGGAUCGGUGCUAUCAGGUUGGAGGCGACUCGCCGCCUCAUGUGAAGGAUGGCAUGCCUGUACAUGUGAGAGUUCGGAGUUGAACAGGAAGGACUAAGCAAUGUAUAUUAUGACGUAGACAUCAGUGAUCUUAUAUGAUGGAGAGUCUCCUUCGCGCAGUGCAUCACAUCCAGGGGGCUCUGAC